ACGUAGACCAGUUCUUCCCUCUGAUCCUGGCAUGUCCGAAAGAGAGUGACGAAAGUCAAAAUAGGAAGUCUAGUCAUACUGUUGCUACUUGUCAAAUGCAUCGAUAAAACUGCAGGCAGUACUACGUUAGAAAAUGGGGCCGUCACGAUGGGGAGUUAUGACACAGUUUCGGUUUGCAGCCUGAGAUUUGUCGGAUUGUGUCCACCUGCGGUACCACUGUCGUACUUGCCUAUUCCUGAUGGUGUCAGUUUGAGAUCUUUGUGCUCUGCGUCCGAAUCGCGCGGAGAGUAGACGUGAAUCAGCUGACAGUUUUCUCGACGUAGAGAAUGAGAGAGAAAGAAGAAGAGUUGGAGAGAGUACAGCGUCGGUCAACUCAAUUUGGAGAGUUCUGACUCUGCACAAAUUCAAUAUUGGACCAAGUAUCUAUGGGUUGCAGUUCCAAGUGUCCGCGGAGAUGAUGGUCCUGUCCGGAGACGAUGGUUGAUUUGGCCACUGCAAGACGACGUUGUACGAGGGCUAGACGAUCGAGUUGCAAUCCGGAAUGCAAAGGUGCGAAAAGGCGAGCUGAGAUUUGUCAUCAGUUAAAUGGCUGCGAACUCCUGGAUUCCCAAUGGGGCAGUGGGAUGGCCGCCGGGAGGAAUGGCAGCUGGAUUGCAAACUCGUCUGCUGGGGUUUGUGAAGAGGGUCCUGAUGCGGCAAUUGUUGUCUCCCGGCGCUGUGGUGUGUGACCUAUUCUGUGGACGUGGAUUGGACACCGAAAGGUGGGCAGAAGCCGAAAUCGGGCGGUACAUUGGAGUGGACUUGUCAGCGUCUGCACUGGAAGAGGCACGAGAGCAGUGGGAGCGCCAUGACAAACCCUUUGCAGCGGACUUCGUCGAGCUGGAUCCAUGCAUCGUGGAAUUGGAGGACCACCUGGAAGCUUACGGCUUGCCUGUGGAUGUGGUAUGCUGUCUGGCACACUUGCAAGAUAGCUUCACGAGUGAAGACAUGGUCCGACAUCUUCUGAAAAAUGUGGCAACCGUGCUCAAACCGGGAGGUUUCUUCUUCGGGACAGCUCCCGAUUCUUCGACCAUAUGGUACAAGUACCAGAAAGCUGUGGAGGGAGCCAUGAAAAAUGGUUCUCUGAGAGUGAAUGGGACCUUGCCUUGUGUGAGGACAGAGCUGUACAAGAUUAGUUUCGACGAUGAUAGAUUCCUCGCCUUUGGCUCGAAGUACCACUUGCGCUUCACUGAUGAUGGACUGCCUGCCCAAGCUCAGCUUUUAGUCCAUUUUCCCACUCUCAUCCGGCUCGCCAGAGAGGUGGGUCUGGAGUGCGUGGACAUUCAAAACCUUCAAGAGUUUUAUGAUGAUUCCGUGGUUCCGUUUGCUGACGUUUUGAAAAAUAGCUGUGCGUCUCUGGUGGACUCCAAAGGAGUUGCUGUGUUGGAUGCCAGAGGCCGUCUGAGUACGCAGGCAGUAGAUGUGCUCGCCUUGUACACGACGUUCAUAUUCAAAAAGGGAGACACAGAGUCUCAAGGUUUCGAGCCUUCUCCACGGUCAGAAAAUGUGGUCCUCUCACCAACAGCCCAGUAUCUGGCCCAGUUUCCUCCUUCCUCCAUGUCACAUCACCACAGACGGCAAGAAGCUCACAGUAAGGAAGAGCACAUUCCUCUGCACUCCGAAUUGCCACUGCCCAGUACAAGUAGCUCGAGACAGGACGAAAAGCCACGAGAGGGAGUCCACCAUGGAGAUGACUGUACAGAGAGUGCAGGAGCCAAUGGUGAGAUGUGGGCGGCCGACUCCGUGCCUGCUGUUUCGGAGGUCACGCAUGACAUUGUUACGGAACAAGAGCGACAAGAGACUAUCGAUUACUCACACCGAUUCAGUGAAGAUAGGCUGCGCGGAUUGAAGAAGGGCAUGAAGGAGAAAUACUACACACGAGCUGCCAGAGCGGAGGUUCACCAUGCCACCGAAAUUGAGGAUGGCCAUUCCGUGGCCAAAGGCACAAGCGAAUUCAAAACCUGGCCAAGCAAGAUGGGAUCGACAUCUGGUGGUGCACGACCCCCACCUUCGGAGCCAAAUGAUACAUAGUGGCCACUCCGGGAUGCCUAACCCUGUGUAGACUUUACAAUUGCAAGGCAGGAACGACCUCGUUACUUCAUUCUCCCUUGGAAAUGGUAAGGAUGAAAGAUGGGAAACAGAUCUAGGUUUUGAUGCGUCUGGCACGGAAGAACAGAGUACCUGCCUCGUUCGGUGCAGUUGUUCUUGCUACAUGAUCGGUUCUUCAUAGGUGUAGCUACACUCCUGUCCAGACUUCGGACGCUGUUGUUUCGUGUGUGAUCUGUUCUCCCUGGUGCACCUUUGCCCCUCAUGUAUCUCGGUUCUUCUUACCAUGCAUCGAUGUUGCCUUCCGUACAGAAACCUUGGAAGCUUUUUGACAGCGAUUCAGAUCUCAAAAGUCAAUGGAACAAGUUUCAAUGUCUCACUAUC